AUGACAGUUUCGUUGGGUGAUUUUAUUCAUAAUGAAAGAGAGCCAGAUAAUUUAUUCAAGAAAAUGUUCACUGGUCAACAUCCAUGCUAUCAAACACAAUGUUCGACAUUCAACUCUGAUCCAGUUUAUUUUAUUGAUUGUGAUCCAAUUGUUUUUAAACAUAUUCUCGAGUGGUUACAAUACGGAGCUAUUGCAAUUGAAUUGAGUAAUGAUGUGAAACGAUCCCUUUUAAAUACCUGUAAAAAGUUUGAAUUGAAAAAUAUUAUUAAUGAAUUGGAAAAUGAAGAGUCAACAAGACUCAAUUUGAAAAACUUUGUCAAUUUACACAAAAUUCAAAAGAGGUCAUUGAAUUUUAAAUAUUAUAAUUUUAAUAAUUUGAGUGCUUGUGAUUUUAGUGGAAUGAAUUUAGAAAGUUCAAAUUUCAAGAUGCUAAUACUGAAAGGAUGUGAUUUUAGUAAUUGUAAUUUAACUAAUGCUAAUUUUAUAGAAUGUGAUAUGAUUGAAUGUAAUCUCAGUAAUUCUAUUUUGAAUAAUACUAAUAUUUCAAAAAGUAACUUGUCAAGAGCUAAAAUUGAUGUUUGUGAGUUGAUUCAAAAGGUUGAUUUUUCAAGAUGUAAUUUAUCAAACAUUUGUUUCAAACAAUUUAAAUUCGAUAAUGUAAUAUUUACAAACUCAAUUAUUGAUGGAUCUAAAUUUGAGGAUAUUACUUUUGAAAAGUGUAAAAUCAAAACACAUUUUAAAAAGAAUAAUGGAUUGAUUAAUUGUAAAUAUAUUGAAUGUGAUUUCACUGGAACAAUAUUUGAAGAAAUUGAUUUCAAAUUAAUUGAACCAAGUUUAUCAACCACUUUAUUUAAUAAUUGUACAUUUAAGAAUUCAGAUUUGGGAAAAUUGAAGGAUUUAUCAAAAUUUAAGGGAAGCAAAUUUGAUUCAUGCUUAAUUAAUUUAAAACAAUUUACAAACAAAAAUAUCAAAAAUAUUCAAUUCCAAAAUAUUACCCUGAACCUAACAGGAAAGGAUUUCCAGUCUUUCAAGUUUACAGAUGUAUUGUUUACUCAAUGCACAAAUAUUACACAUUUCUUGAUUUCUAAUAUUAUUAAUAGUGAAUCAAUUUCGUUAGAAAUUAGCUCACAUACCAAUAGUAAAGCAAUUCCUCAAUUAUUAUACAGAGGGUCAAGAGAUGGAUUCAAAGCAGAAAAUUUUCAUUCAAAAUGUUGUAAUCAAGGUCCAACAUUAACAAUUAUCAAAUCAGCAGAACACAACCAAAUAUUUGGUGCAUUUACUUCAAAAUCUUGGAUGAAAGAUAGUUUUACGGAUGAUUUGGCAUUCAUUUUCAAAAUUGAUUCAACAAAUAACAAUUAUCAAUUCAAAAAGUUCAGAGUCAAAAAAGGAUGUUAUGCUAUUUCUUUACUUGAGGAUUUUAUGCCAGGAUUUGGAGGUUAUACCCUGGUAAGCAAUGAUAUUACUAUUUUCAAUGAUUGCAACUUGAAUUACUUUUCAUCAUCAAACUUUGGCAACGCUUAUGAACUGCCCAAAGGAUACAAAAAAGGAACAACAGAAGCGAAUAGUUAUUUGGCAGGAAGUGAGAUGUUUAAAGUUGAAGAAAUUGAAGUGUUUAAAAUUAUUCUUUAA